AUGUCGCGCUAUGUACUGGAGAGUUGUUCGGGUAAGAUGUACAUGAGUUACGUGAGUCAUCUGCUGGAGAAGGACCCGGGACCGAACGGCACCACCGGCAGACCUCCGAGCUUAAACUUCAACCAUCAGAACUUCCUCCCCGCGCCGCCACAGUAUACCGACUACAGCCCGUAUCAUCACAUCCCCGCGUGCUAUGGAGCAGACCUAAAUCACGGAAACCUCAGCGCGGGCGCGUGGAACUCUGCAUACCCGCCUCCGCGUGAUGACUGGUCCGCGUUCUGUCCCGGGCCCGGUCCCCUCGUGUCUAACCUCAGAGACGCGAGUCCCAUCGCAGCACCCGAGCACGGUCUCGUGCAGUCGGUCGUCACGGUAUCAACAGCUGGCCAACUGUCUCCGGACCCGCAGCGCGCGGACUCCUAUCAGUGGAUGAGGAAGAGCACGGCACCGGGAAACACAGGGAAGACGCGCACUAAGGAUAAGUAUCGGGUGGUGUACAGUGAGCAUCAGAGGGUGGAGCUGGAGAAGGAGUACCACUGCAGCCGCUACAUCACCAUCCGCCGCAAGACCCAACUGGCACAGGGCCUCAGCCUAUCAGAGAGACAGGUGAAGAUUUGGUUCCAGAAUCGUCGGGCGAAGGAGCGGAAGAUGACGAAGCGCAAGGUGCAGCACCCACAGCAGACCUCCACCUCCACAGCCCCAUCACCUGAGCUGCAUGACCACAGCAACAACAUCUCUACGGCAACCAGCAGCAGCAGCAGCAGCAGCAGCACUAGCUUUCUGACAGACAGCAUCACCAUGAGCAUCAAGGAGGAGUUCUAG